AUGAUAUCGGCUGUGGCGGAGCUGGACGCGGCGCGGCGCGCGCUGCGCACGGCGGAGAUCGGAGCUGCUCGCGGAAGCUCUCCGGCCGCCCGCGGCGUGCUCACCACUCUGCUGUCGUCCAUUGACUCGGCCUCGGCGUACCUGGAGGCCUUCGCUAUGAACAGCCUGCAGCAGCGGGUGCCGGGCCUGCGGCGCCACGACGCCCGCACGUCCACCAUCCGGCAGCACUACUACCCGGAGGGUGGCUGGGGCUGGGUGGUCUGCGGCUGCGCCUUCCUCGUCCACCUGCUGCUCACCGGCCUCCAGCUCAGCUACGGCGUUCUUCUGCUGCUCGUGCUCACCGUCUGGGGCCGCGAAAGCUACCUGCAAGCGGUCUGGCUGGGCAGUCUGAACCUGUGCGUCAGUCUGCUAGUCUCCCCGGCCGUGGUUGGUCUGUGCCGUCGCAAGUCCACUCGUCUGACAGCCGUGCUCGGUGGUCUGGUGGUCGCCCUGGCCUGCCUCUUCACAUCGUUUGCCACAGAGCUGCACCAGUUGUUCCUCAGGUAA